AUGAUUGUGGACAAGGAAAACGCCGUUAUGAAUCUGCAAAACGAACGAAUAACACUGCUCCCGGCAAAUCAUCGCAACGUGGCCAUGUUUAGCUCGCAGAACGACCCCUCCUAUAUCGCCAUUCGCAAUGCACUAGCCACGAUUAUAACCGAGCAGCGCAACAGAUCCCAGGCUUACGGGCAUGCCGUGGCACAGGAGGACAGACUUGCCUUAAACAGGUUUCUUAAUGUGUCUGGCCCACCGGAAGACGACUUUGAGACGAACAACUCCCGCCGUGUGCCUGGGUCGUGCCAGUGGAUCAGCCGCGCAAGAUCGUACUCCUCGUGGAGAAACGUACAGCAUCCACGCCUUCUCUGGCUCCACGGCCGUCCUGGCACCGGGAAGAGCGUUCUUUCCAGUUACAUUAUCGAAGACCUGCAGUUGGAAGGCAACGUCGAUUGCUGCUACUUCUUCUUCCAGUCCACCGACAGUUCAAAAGCCACCACAAAUGCAUGCCUGCGAUCCAUGGCAUGGCAGAUGGCCAUGCUACACAGGAACAUCAUGAUCAGGCUGAAACAGAUAAUGAUGGAUCUGGAUUACGACCCAGUAGACAGAGUCGACCACGGCCCAGUAUGGCGGAAUAUAUACUCAUCUGGAAUUCUGAAAGAACGGCCUAACCGGCCACAGUUCUGGGUGAUCGAUGCGGUCGAUGAGUGUAAAAACAGCACGGAACUGAUCAACUUCAUAGCUCGGAUUCAAGAGCAGUGGAAUGUGUCAGUAAUGAUAACAUGCCGCAAUCCCUUCGAGCGGUAUCCCAUCAACGUGAAUACGCGCCUUGAUGUGGAAUCAUACACCAUCUCUGAGGAGGACAGCAAGCAAGAUAUUGGCCUGUUUCUGAAGCACGACUCAGAGAAGCUGCGGCGCCUGCCUCUCAUGCAGGGCGAAGAGCCAGAAGAUAUCGCUUUGGAAAUUGUAAACCGUUCUGACGGGUCGUUUUUGUGGGCGUCGAUUGUGUUUACGAAGAUCCAGCAAGUGACGAGCAGGGGAGAGAUCGAGCUGGUACUGAAGAGCAUACCACCGGACAUGGAUGCUCUGUAUUCUCAGAUUCUGCGAGAUAUCAACAACGCACAGUAUGGAAAGGGCUUGGCCAAGGACCUUUUGACGUGGGCGACGUACGCCUUUCGGCCGCUGAAAACAGCAGAACUCCAAGAGCCCAUCGAGAUUGGCAUUAAUGACACAAUAGGGGAUAUUGAUAGUGCGAUCAAGCGGUGCUGUGGAAACAUGCUUCACGUCAACGCGCAGCGUGAAAUUCGCUUUGUCCACUCGACGGCACGGGAGUUUCUUCAGCAAAGUGAGCUCGUUGAACCAGACUUUUACGUGCACAAGGCCAAUGGCCACCAGAAGCUAGCCUUGACUUGUCUUCGUUAUCUGAUGGAUAGAGGUAGGGUACAGCACAAUAUGAAGAGCUCUCGCGAUUCCAGAACCGCGUCGAUGCAAGCGUGGGGGACAACAGUGCCGUUAGCUAGGAGGAGGAGGACGCGCAAUAGCAUCGUUACUGCAGGCUCCGAAGGUUCUGGCUCUUCGGCAUCUUCACCUAUCUUUGUUGCACAAUAUCGCACCUCUCCAACAACGGACGUCGCUGGUGCAUUCACAGACUAUGCGUCCACGUUUGUGUUCAAACACCUCGAGUUGGUUCAUACCAACGAUGACAGCAUUUUUACCGUGCUGUCGACGUUUCUGGGACAGCAAAGCUGCCUCCGUUGGAUUGAGUAUGUGGCCACGACAAGAAAUCUACACAUCAUCUACGAAGCAGGACACAUCAUCAACUCGCUGCUUCGUCGACGCGGCAAACACUCACCACCUCUAGGGUUAGCACGUGGAAAAAGUCAAGAACAGGUUGUCAUGCUGGAGAAAUGGGGCGAUGAUCUUAUUCACCUGGUGACAAAAUUCUCGCAUUGGAUGGAGACAUUGCCGGUGUCGAUCCACAGCUUGAUUCCGCCGUUCUGUCCGGCCAAGUCAGCUAUCCGUCAGCAGUUCACACAUCCACUGCGAGGAAUGAGUGUGCAAGGCCUCUCGAACGAAGGAUGGGACGACUGCUUGACGACGAUCACCUACGCGGCCGACGUGAAGCCCAGUGCCGUGGCAGCAGGCCAAGGGUUCAUCGCUGUUGGCACGACGGAGGUGAAAGUGGGCAGAGUCGUCGUUUACGACGAUUCCAUCUUCCAGCAGGUGCACACGCUCCAACAUGGAGAGCCGGUUCUACAUGUUGCCUUUCUGGAAACAGGGCAGCUGCUGGCAUCUGCCGGAGCAACAACUGUGCGAAUUUGGUCUACGGCUGACGGGGAGGAAAAGGCAAGCUUUGGUAUCAGGUCCGUUUGCAUAGCACUUGACUUUUCAGAGUUCGAGGACGAAGGCUGUAUACUUCGCGUGGCAACACGGCGAAACGAACUGUACGAAUAUUUCGUCGGCAGCUGCGAACUCAACCAGCAAACGUGGACCAGCCGCCCUGAAGCGGUCCAGUCGCUGGCCCCCUACAUUGCUACUUUCCUGCCGUCGGAGAGCCAACUGUGCAUGGUAUACCGGGGCAAGAAUGCACGCAUCUGGAACUUUGAAGAAGACACGAUAGCCACGUAUGAGAAGUCGAGGGGAUGCGUCGAACUCUUCGGACAGUCUGGCAUCCCCGAAGGAUCCGAAUCGAUCCGAGCCAUGUGUGUGGGUAAAGACGUCAACACGAACCGACUAGCAAUCGUCUACAACGACGGUGACCUUGUCGUGUUCAAUCUGGACGACGGCCGGCCUGCAAAUAUUAUCAAAGGUGUCAACACCAUGCUGGUGGCAGCAUCAUUUGACGGAAGAACAUUGGCCGCGGUGGACUCGUCCGGCAACCUUUCGCUGUUUGAGUUUAACACCCUGCGACUGCUCUAUCGUGUCCAGUUCGACACUAGGAUUCUGCCCAAAGGCUUGACGUUCACCACAGACGACAGACACUUUGUGGAAAUUCGCGGCAACCAGUGUCGUGUAUGGGGUCCGACAGUGCUGCUGCGAACGGACAUGCCCGGCGAGGAGAACAGCGACACGGUAUCGGUGUCCAGUGGGCCGCAGGAAUACGACUACUCGCCGGCAGCAGGCGAGAAUAUCACCGCGCUGGCCGUCAGUCGUCUUUUCAGAACGGCUUUCACAGCCACAGCAGGUGGAUCGGUCUACGCCUACGACACAACCGACAGCUCCCGUACACCUGUCCACUUGUUCACACAGGCGAUCGGGUUGGCGAUUGACCUGUUGUAUGUAGACGAGAUGCCCUCAGUGUUAUCGAGAGCGACAUCGCUCAGUCUGCUGAUCGCAACUGGGGACCUGUCCGGAUGUGUGACCGUGCGCCAUAUUACGCGAAACAACGUGGCCCGCCAGCGAGUCUGGGAUGUGCAGGAGCCCAUCGUCGUGACGCGCUCGCCAGCCCUCGGCAUAGUGAGACAGAUCGUGGCCUCGGCAAAUCAGCAGCGGCUGCUGGUCUCUACGGACCAGUAUGACGUGCUGUGGCCUACGCCGAAACAGGGCGAGGCGUCCUGGAAGGCCAAGAUAGAUGGCUGGGCGCGUCCUCACUGGGUGCCACAUCCACAGGACCCGGCACUGCUCAUCCGUGUUCCCGAAGUCGUGGCAUCGUCGAUAGUCUUGGAUUCAAGCUUUGAUCUUGUGCGCUGGGAUGAUCUCAGCACUGUUCGGUCUGUGCCUGUUCCGGUUCUUACAGGCUUUGACCGUAUUUUAUCUCUUCAGCACUCCCGCUUCUUUGUUACAGUGCAAAAGAAUUCAUCCCCCCAGCAUGGGAAGACCCCCGACGCUAGCAAGAACAGUACGUGCAUCCAGAUUUGGGAUGCGGAUAUGUUUAGCGAUGAGACAAGUUCUUCUGUGAGACAAUCCGUGAGAAAACUUCAGCGUGGGGUCAAGGACGGAAAUAGCCAGGAGAGGCAAUCGACCAGCGCAGAAGCCAUUGUCGGUUGUGUUACAGACAAUCGUCUGAUUGUUUCCACAUCAGACCAUUGGAUCGCAUCGAUUGAUCUGUCCCAACCAGAUCGUAUCGCACACCUAGCAUCGGAGAUAGACGAACUGUCUGUUUCAUCACAGCCCGCAUCUAUAUCACUCCAGCGGCACUUCUUCUUGCCGAGUGACUGGGUCAGUGUUGGGCCGGCCUUUCUCAUGUGCGUUGGCCCAGAAGACGAGUUUCUGUUUGUAAAGCACACGGAGCUGGCAGUCGUCAAGCGUGGACUGUCACACCGGACAGAUGCGGGCUUCGGCAGCGCUCGUUUACGCCAAACCAGCAGGCCACCCUUCUCGCAAACUAGUUCUACAGGCCCCAUGGGCGAAAGAAGGCGGGGGUAG